AUGUGGCGAAGGGCCAUGGAACGGUACAAGGGGGAGGACCAUCUAGGUAGCUUCGAUUGCAUCAACAUUUCUUGGGCACUCCGAUCGCCUUCGCAAGAUGUCCUCUUUCACACUUCCCUGAAGACUUACACCCGGAGCUGCGCGGUGGUCUUUAUCCAGGAGCUGGAUUCGGGAGCUGCCAACACCAACGCAUCGAAUCCUCGGCUCCCUGAGGCUGGUCAUGAGUUGAAUGCAGGCAACUAUCCACCGAUCUUGAAUUUCCCCUCCCUGAGAUCCGGCCGCUUGGAGAGCCUGGGCUUCCUUCUCUGGGAAGGGGUCAUGGUAAAGGCGCUGCACGGGCGGAAUGUGACUUCGCGGUUGAACGGCCUUUUGUCGGGGCCGGUGGCCCUCUUCGAUACAAGCCGGACGACUCUUGUCGUCUCCCCGAUGGACAACUUCAAACACUCGGUGCAUUUCUAUGAUGCUUCGCGGGGCAGUUGGGAUCUGGGCGUGUCCAGCGAGGUCACGGCCGUGCCCCCUGGAUUCACCCAUCGCACGCUCCUGGUUGCAGAUGUUGGCAUCACAAGGGCCAUGGACAAGUUUGGCGCGUUUCUUCGACACGCCUAUGGCACCUCGCGGCCUUUCUUGCAGUCUGACCCUGUGGUGAAUUAUCUUUCCUACUGGACAGACAACGGUGCCUACUACUACGGGGACCAGUGGAAGGAAGCCGGCGGCGGAGGAAAGACUUGCGGGGAAAGAUCCAUGCUGCAGGUGGCCCAUGGCCUGGCCAAGAGCAAGUUGCUAGAGGCCGUCCAUAUAUGGCAGCUGGAUGACUGGUGGUAUCCUGGACAUGCGGCUGUUUAUGUGCACUGCGUCAAGGACUGGGUCCUGGGCAAGAGUGGCUUUCGCCAUAGCCUCGGCGACCUCCACAAGGCACUUGGCAAACCCUGGCUUCUGUAUGUUCCUUUCUUCUGCAGGGAGAACGCUUAUACCGAUCGCUUCCGCUUCAUCAACGGAUCCCACGGCUCCACUGCCUUCGCGGUGCCGCAUCCCGACGAUGCACGCAGCUUCUAUGGGAUGCUCUUCGACUAUGGUAAAGCCGAGGGUAUGAGGAGCUUCGAACACGACUUCCUCAAUUUCAAUUUUCUGGCCGUGCCGCAUCUGCGGAAGACGUUUGGGGCGUCAAGGUGCCCUGGCAGAAUCUGGGCUUUUGUAAUUCUGCAGUAG